AUGAGAGCCUGGGGCUCUUUCUUAUCUCCUCUCUGCUCUGCCGCUUCCCUCUUGGCCGCCGUUCACGCUCAGCAAUAUCAAGGCACGCCAUCCGCAAAUACCCUUCCCCCUGUCGACGGCGCCACGGUAGAGUUCUUCCGGAUCAACGACACCUUGGGCCGGAAUAGCACUUUAAUCAACUACUUUUCCUUGGACAGCGAUCACGACCGGAGCAAAGUAACACGCGCUCUUCUCAUCAACACCGCGUUUGACGGGCGGCCCGACAUCCAUUUCCGCGCCGCGCGAGAUGCUCGGAACCUCGCGACGCUCAACAAUAGCGCAGUCCAGCGCGAGACCGCAGCCAUCCUUGUCCCUCUCUGGUUCGAUCCUGGCGACAACGUUCAGGGCGAUGCAUUGGUGUGGACAGAGGGCGCGAACUAUUCGACCGGCGAUGACAACCUCCAUCCAGCCGACCGUGCGGUCUCCUCCUUCGACGUCAUGGACCAAAUCCUCCAAUGGUUCGACUCCGAAUACCCGAACCUGGCCGAGAUCGUCGUCGCGGGCCACAGUCUCGGCGGCCAAGCCACCCACCGACACGCCGCGGUCGGCGCCGUCCUUCCCCUACGCCCCCAAGUGAAAGUAGUCCACUACAUCGCCGACCCGUCCUCCUACGUCUGGCUCUCCCGCUCCCGCCCCGGCCCGCUCCCACGUUCCCACUGCCCAGGGUUCGACGACUGGCGAGACGGGCUCUCGAACUACCCGCUCGAUUACUCGGCAGAGCUCGUCGCAGCGGGCGCGGGCGCGGUGCUCGCGCGCUUCCAGAUCCGGAACGUCGUCUUCGCGCACGGCCUGAACGACACGGGCGAGAACGCGGCGACCUGUGGGCCGUUCACGACGGGUGCCACUCGGAAAGACCGCAUGCUGAACUUCAUCAAGGAGUUCCCCCCGGACCCGGAGGAUAAUGUCGACUUCCUUCCCGGAGUCAGCCACAACACCCAUGAGGUGUUCACGUCCGAGGCGGGCGUGCAACGGCUUUUCCUUGACAACUUCGACGGUUCUGGUUGGCGUGCGCCCGACAUGGGCCCACGCCAGACUAGCUUUGACAGUCCCGACCCCGGUCCGCGGGAUCACAAGCAUCGAUACGAGAUCUUACCCCACGAGCUGUGCUCAUAG